GCUUUCGGCGGGUUUCAGAGUUUUGAAGUUGGCGCAGUAACGGUUCCCGUACCGGUCACACAGUGCUGAGAGGGAGAUCGCACGGAACGGAUCGUAGGUUAGCGGCGGAUUCUUGCAGUAGCUGUCGGUGCCUGGUAACGUUGUUGCGAAAUGGAGACCGAACCACUGAAACCUCUCUUUGAUGAGAACAAGACCACAGUGAGUAAAGUGAAGAAAGGUGAGAACAAGCGUCUUUCUGUUGAGAGGAUUUAUCAAAAGAAGACUCAAUUGGAGCAUAUAUUGCUCCGUCCAGAUACCUACAUUGGUUCUGUAGAGCCUGUGACCCAGCAAAUGUGGGUGCAUGAUGAAGAGGAAGGACUGAAUUACAGAGAAGUGACAUUUGUCCCUGGCUUGUAUAAAAUCUUUGAUGAAAUCUUGGUUAAUGCUGCCGAUAACAAGCAAAGGGACCCAACAAUGUCAUGCAUCAAGGUCACAAUUGAUCCUGAGAACAACACAGUCAUUGUGUGGAAUAACGGGAAGGGUAUUCCUGUUGUUGAGCACAAGGUGGAGAAAGUCUAUGUUCCUGCUCUCAUCUUUGGGCAGCUGUUGACCUCCAGUAAUUAUGAUGAUGAACAGAAGAAAGUUACAGGUGGUCGUAAUGGUUAUGGUGCCAAAUUGUGUAACAUCUUUAGCAACAAGUUUAUAGUGGAAACAGCAUGCAAGGAAUACAGGAAGGUGUUUAAACAGACUUGGACAAAUAACAUGUCAAAUACUGGUGAUUCAAAAAUUAAAUCCUUUGAUGGUGAAGAUUACACUUCAAUCACUUUUCAACCCGAUCUAAGCAAAUUUAAGAUGCAAAUUUUGGAUAAAGACAUUGUGGCCCUCAUGUCUCGGAGAGCUUAUGAUAUUGCUGGAUCUUCCAAGGGGGUGAAAGUCUUUCUAAAUGGCAAGAGACUUCCUGUAACUGGCUUUCGCAGUUAUGUGGAUUUACAUGUAAAAGACAAAUUGGAUGAGACUGGUAAUCCUUUGAAAAUCAUUCACGAAGUGGUAAACGAUCGUUGGGAAGUGUGUAUGACCAUGAGUGAGAAGGGCUUCCAGCAAAUCAGCUUUGUCAACAGCAUUGCUACCACAAAGGGUGGUAGACAUGUUGACCAUGUGGCUGAUCAGAUAAUUGGUAAACUAAUUGAUGUUGUGAAGAAAAGGAAUAAGGGAGGAGUUUCAGUUAAGCCUUUUCAGGUAAAAAACCACAUUUGGCUAUUUGUGAACGCACUUAUAGAGAACCCAACGUUUGACUCUCAGACCAAGGAAAACAUGACGUUGCAAUCAAAAAGUUUUGGCUCCAAAUGUGCGUUGUCAGAGAAAUUCUAUAAAGCUGCAACAGGCUGUGGCAUUGUGGAAAGCAUCUUAAACUGGGUUAAGUUUAAGGCUCAGUCCCAGCUGAAUAAGAAAUGCUCUGCAGUGAAGCACACAAAGAUCAAGGGAAUCCCUAAACUGGAUGAUGCUAAUGAUGCUGGCAGUAAACACUCCACAGAUUGCACUCUAAUUCUUACUGAAGGAGACUCAGCCAAGACAUUGGCUGUUUCCGGCCUUGGUGUGGUUGGGAGAGAUCGGUAUGGUGUGUUCCCACUGAGGGGCAAACUUCUCAAUGUCAGGGAAGCUUCACACAAGCAGAUUAUGGAAAAUGCAGAGAUAAACAACAUAAUCAAAAUUGUGGGUCUGCAGUAUAAGAGAGAUUAUGAAGACGCGGAGUCCCUGAAAAGCCUUCGUUAUGGAAAGCUCAUGAUCAUGACAGAUCAGGAUCAGGAUGGCUCCCACAUCAAAGGCUUGCUGAUCAACUUUAUCCAUCACAACUGGCCAUCUCUGCUCAAACACCGCUUUCUAGAGGAGUUUAUUACACCUAUCAUUAAGGUCUCUAAAAACAAGCAGGAACUAUCCUUUUAUAGUAUCCCAGAGUUUGAGGAGUGGAAGAACGGCACUGACAGUCACAAGACCUGGAAAAUAAAGUACUACAAAGGUCUGGGGACCAGCACAUCUAAGGAAGCUAAGGAAUAUUUUUCAGAUAUGGAGAGACAUCGAAUUCCUUUCAAAUACAGCGGACCAAUAGAUGAUGCUGCGAUCACCUUGGCCUUUAGCAAGAAGAAAAUUGAUGACCGUAAGGAAUGGCUGACCAACUUCAUGCAGGACAGAAGGGAGAGGAGACUGCAUGGUUUGCCAGAGGAUUACUUGUAUGGGAAAUCCACUAAGUACUUGACCUACAAUGACUUUAUUAAUAAAGAGCUGAUUCUGUUUUCCAACUCUGACAAUGAACGUUCCAUCCCAUCAUUAGUUGAUGGUUUGAAGCCAGGCCAGAGGAAAGUGUUAUUUACAUGUUUUAAGAGAAAUGAUAAGAGAGAAGUGAAAGUUGCUCAGCUGGCUGGGUCUGUAGCUGAGAUGUCUGCAUAUCAUCAUGGUGAGACUUCCCUGAUGAUGACCAUUAUCAACUUGGCACAGAACUUUAUGGGUAGCAACAAUAUCAAUCUCUUGCAACCAAUUGGCCAGUUUGGCACCAGGCUGCACGGUGGAAAAGAUGCUGCCAGCCCUCGAUACAUCUUUACCAUGCUUAGCACAGUUGCCCGCCUUCUCUUUCCCUCAAUGGAUGACAAUGUCCUGAAGUUUAUUUAUGACGACAACCAGAGGGUUGAACCAGAGUGGUACAUUCCCAUCAUACCUACCGUGCUAGUGAAUGGCGCCGAAGGUAUUGGCACCGGUUGGUCAUGUAAAAUCCCAAAUUACGAUGUCCGGGAAAUUGUGAAUAACAUCCAGAGAAUGCUGUCUGGUGAAGAACCCCAGACAAUGCUCCCAAGUUACAAGAAUUUCAAGGGAGUUAUACAGGAGCUUGGUCCAAACCAGUACAUUAUUAUUGGGGAAGUUUCUGUACUUGAUGCAACCACUAUUGAAAUCUCAGAGCUACCGGUCAGAACGUGGACACAGAAUUACAAGGAGCAGGUACUGGAGCCUAUGCUGAAUGGGACAGAUAAGACUCCACCCCUGAUUGUGGACUACAAAGAAUAUCACACAGAUACCACAGUCAGAUUCAUUGUAAAGAUGGCUGAGGAAAAGCUGGCUGAGGCCGAGGCUGCUGGGCUGCACAAAGUAUUUAAGUUGCAAGCACCUCUUACAUGUAAUUCAAUGGUGCUCUUUGAUCACACUGGAUGCAUGAAGAAAUAUGAAACCGUUAUGGAUAUUCUGCAGGAGUUCUAUGAGUUGCGUCUCCGCUAUUAUAGUCUAAGACAGGACUGGCUGUUGGGCUUGUAUACUGCUGAGGCCUCCAAGUUAAGCAACCAAGCCCGUUUUAUACUAGAAAAAAUUGAGGGCAAAAUAGUAAUUGAAAACAAGCCAAAGAAAGAACUUAUUCAGAUGUUGGUACAGCGGGGGUAUGACUCUGACCCGCUCAAAACCUGGAAACAAACUCAAGAAAAGGAAGAAGCUGGGGAGCUGAUUGAAGAGGAUGAAACGGAAGUUUCAAGCAGUGGGCCAGAUUUCAACUACCUCCUCAAUAUGCCUAUGUGGUACUUGACCAAAGAGAAGAAAGAUGAGCUCUGUAAACAGAGAGAUACUAAGCUUUUAGAGCUUCAAGAUCUACAGAGAAAAUCUCCAACAGACCUAUGGAAAGCAGACCUUGCUGCCUUUGUUGAAGAAUUGGAUCGUGUUGAAGAAAAGGAGCGGCUUGAAGAACAGGCUUCUUUACAGGGCAAAGCGGUGAAAGGCAAGACUGGAAGAGUGCAGAUAAAAAAGAUGCAGUUGCAAGAGAUCUUGCCAUCACCCCAUGGGAGGCGCAUCAUUCCUAGGGUCACGUCAGCCAUGAAAGCAGAGGCCUCAAAGAAAGUAAAGAAGCGAGUGAAGGCUGAAGAUAUUGCUAAGAGGAUGGAGUUUGGAGAAGAUGGUGAACAAGUGAGUCCACAGAACAGUCCAGAGUCUAGUAAUGAAAGCUUGUCUCUUGCUGAAAGACUAAGCAAGAAAUUGAAGGCAGAACCAGGUACAAAAGCAAAAGCAGUUAAAGGUAAAAAGCAGGCAACUCUACCAUUCAAACCUGUAAAGAGCGAGCCUAAAAGCCAAUUUAUGAAUUCAGAAAGCGAGUCUGAGCCAGAUGAAGUGGUGCCACGUGCUGUUCAGCCACGAAGAGCUGCUGCAAAUGUAAAGUAUGUGUUGGACUCUGAUGAUGAAAGCAAAGCUCACAACUUUAAAAAUGAGAGUGACAUUGACAGCGAUGGUCAGUUUGAGCCAUGUUUAGAAUCAAACGAUGAAUCUUUUGAAAUCCCCAAGCCAGCACGCAAACCCAGAGCUGCCCCCAGAAAGGUUAAAGAUCCCAGUCCAGAAAGUGUACCAGAAACCACUCCAUCAGCGAUGUUCGUUGUGGAGGAGAAUGAGGACGAAGCUCAACCUGCACAAUUGCCCAGUGCCCCCACUAAGAAGACACUGCAGCCUGCACCAGAGAAAGCUGCUCCAAAAAAACGUGCCAAGAAAGCUGGAUCCACAGCAGCAAAGAAAGAUAAGCAGCCAUCCAUUCUAGAGGCUCUGUCUAAGCCACAGCUGCCAAAAUCCACUGCUGUCGUCAAAGCAGAUGAUGAUUUUGAUAUUCCACCUCGCAAGAAGGUGACAAAGCCACGCAAGAGGAAAAACUCUGAUUCAGACUCUGGCUCAGAUUUUGGUCCAAAACGAAAAACCAAACCAGCUAAAAAAUCAAAGGCAGUGGAUGACAAUAGUUUCCACAUAGAUCUCUCUGUGGAUUCAGAUGAUGGAGCUGGCAGCACAGCAGUACGCUCCAGGACAGGCCGUGCAAAGAAGACAGUUGCAUAUAUAGAGGAGUCUGAUGAUGAUCUGUUUUAGCUACAGAAAACAGUGACAUUUGUGGAUCUUAACAUUUAAAUAUAGUUUUAAGCUUGCUGUUUUUUUUUUAUACCUUUUUGAUAAAUUAUCAACACCAAAUGUUUUAUCAAGGCAGAGUUGACAUGAGUUUCUCAACAUUUUUCAGCUGCAUCAACAGGAGUGUCUUUUUUUUUUUUAAUAUAAUUUUUUUUUACUUACAUUUUACUUUGACCCUUGUUUUGCAGUUAUGCCAAUGUGUUAGUUGCACUGGAUCAUUGAUGGGUCCUCUUUCUGCUAAGGUUUAUAGGCUUAAGCCAUCUGUGGUCAAGCAGACAACUUGCUGUGUAUGGCGCCAUGGGAGGUUAUUUAGCUUAUCUUGCCGUUUUAACAUCUAAUGUACAUAUACUGUCACCUGCAUUUUAUUUCUGUGUUGUAUGUCCUGACUGUACAUAUUUGUGUAUGUCCCUUUUCUUUACGAUUUGGAAUAAAGACUUUAAAGAACA